AUGGUUCCGAAACCACGGUGGGACGAGAGCUCUGACCUAGGCCCUUCCUCGGGACCCGAGCCGUGGCGGCGGAGGCGUCUGCAGCUCCGCCCCACAGGCGGUGCCAAUCAAGCUCCGCGCAGGCGCUACCAAUCGACAGCGGAUCGUCGGGAAUUGGCGAUCUUAGGCGCCAGCGAGGGAGUUGUCAGUAAGGCGACAAGUGAGUCCUGCUGCUGUUUCCCGCCCGGCAGUGAUGAAAGCUUGCAGAAUGCAAGGUUGACUUUUGGCGCGCGUUCGCUUCCUCCGGCCCCGCCUCCACACGGAGUGGAGCGUCACCCAGCGCUGGUUUCCCGGGACAACUCCGAGGUUUGGAACCCACGGAACUCUGAACUGAGGCGGGUUCAGAGAAUGAGACGUUGGCGGCUUUCCAAGACGGUGGAACCCGAACAUUUUUUCUGUGAUCGUCUACAACAUUUGGGGGCUCGUCCGGGAUCUACAUACACUCUGAAGACCAUCAACCGCCGGCCCGAAACCAUUUUCAGGACCCACCAGCCAACCUGGGAUGACUGCCAGCAGAUACUCCAGACCCUUUUCACCUCUGAGGAAAGGGACCGAAUUAUGAGAGAAGCAGCCAAGGCUGUGACGGGAGAAGAGAGGGUCCCUCCAGGCUUUGCAACAGGUGCGACAGGAGAUACGAGUCCUACGCCACCAGCCUCCAGCUGAGACAACCCGAUGGCCAGCUCCACCUGAACCGGGACAAUGGAUCUGGGUCCUUAACCAUCGCCGGGGAAGCCUAGAGCGGAGGUGGACUGGCCCCUUCUAGGUCCUGCUCAGCACCCUCUCUGCAGUACGAGUAGCAGAGAAGCCCUACUGGAUUCACCUAUCACGUACCAAGCCAGCCCAGCCCCUGGAGGACCACCAAGGAACAUGGCGAAUCAGCAAAGAUCCUGAGCAACCGCUAAGACUGAAAUUUCUCAAACAGUAAGACUUUUCCUGCUUGUAGUAACUCUACCCCUAACCCGUGGAGGAUUCCAAGCUAGCCCCAAGGACCUCCACGCAGCCCUUUUUGGACCACCCUGUGAGUGUAGAGGAGGAACUCGUACUGACUAUGCCAUACCCUCCUCCUAUACAUGGACCACGGAUUGUGGAGCCACUGUAGCUUACCUAGCCUAUUCUAGAACCUCCACAGGAGUCAGCCAGCCCGAAUGGGUAUGUGUACCAAAGCCUACAUGGUUUCCUCCCUCUCUUACUCCCCUUGCUAGGGCCUUUACUAACAGUAAUAUUAAUUUUAACAAUAGGACCCAUAAUAUUAAACAAAGUGUUUGCGUUCAACAAAGACAGAAUAGAUGCUGUCAAGCUAAUGGUCCUAUCCCAACCCUACACCAUCUUACCCCAAGAAGAUGAGUCAAUGGUUUGACCACCUCCCCACAGAAAAGGGGGGAGUGUCAUACCCAGCUAGGAAAAUUAUAGCUAGGGCAUUACCCAACCCUAAAUCUGCAGUUCCUGGAACAGGGUAAUGAACAAACAUCCGGGAACAAUUGGGUUUAAAAUUCUAGCCAAAUAAGGUAACUAAACUAACCCGGCUGCCAGAAAGUGCCCGCCAGCAGCAGCACCCACCAAUCAGGGACCCUCGCCGUUUUUAAAUAAGCCAAUAGCUAACCGCCACCUCUGCUUCUGUAUGCCUUUGCUUGCUUGCUAGAAAAUAUAAAUACCCAGUAGUCUGUAAGCCAGGCGCGACUUCCAUUUUGUAGCUCUGAGUAGCUACGUGACUCCGGUCACAGUUGGGGAAGUUAGCCCCUGUGGAGGAAAAUCUUUGGCCAUUAAAAUUUUUAUCAAUUCGUUUCCGGACUCCGAGAGUGUGUAUUUACCUGCCGAUCGUCUACAACAGAGAGCUCUUUCAAUAUCCCAAUUGUAACUUUUACUACUGUUAGAGGAAACUGGCAGCCAUUUUAGGAAAAAGAUACAUAGCACACCAUCCAGGAAAUAACUUGGCUUCCUUGCUUCCUGCUUCUGCAAGCUGCUUGCCACUUUCGCUCCAGAAGUAACGUUCCGCCCCUAACCCUAUAAAAGCAACUGCCCCCCACAGUCCAGGGGCCAGAAUUUGGAGACUGCUUCCUCUGGGUCUGCAUGCAUAAAGGAACCACUUCUCUUCCUCCAGUGUUCGCCAGCUGAGUUCUUCCAGUAACACUACCACCUCAUGCUGUUUGCAGACAUAUUCCCAGAUUAAAUUUAACCACCAUUAGUCAAAACAUGACUUAAU